CUAGUAAAGCUUGUUUGUAGCGUUUUGUUUUUUUUAUGCAAAUGACCUUUUCUAAAGAAAAGAGCUGUUAGCAAGUACUAAAUCAAAACUGUGGUAUGCAAAAAACCAAAACAAAAUUCGGCUCUGUCUACCUGGCGUUGAAGGAUCCGUCAUAAUUAUGCGUCCUGUGCCGAUAUGGGGAACUUUGAGAUAUCACUAGAUAAUCACCUGUCAGCUACUAUGAUGGAUACUCGUGAAAUGGGUAUAUUUGACAUUUUGAUUUUGAGGUUACGUCUAAUUUUUUUAUGCAGCACGGUUUUUCUAGGAUUUUAGAACGAGUCUCCAUAAAAUGUCUAAAGCUGCCGCUAGACUAAAAAACCUGAAGAAAACCGCGGAGAAAAUACAGCAUGGUAAACUUAAAACUAAUAUUCCAGCCGGAAUGGCUGCUGCAGGACCUCCUCUGGGUCCAAUGCUUGGACAGAGAGGAAUCAACAUAGCGGUAUUUUGCAAGGACUUCAAUGAAAGAACCAAAGACAUAAAAGAAGGCAUACCCUUACCAACAAGAGUAACUGUGAAUCCUGAUAGAAGUUAUGAGAUUGUCGUACACAAACCUCCUGUGGUAUAUUUUUUAAAGCAGGCUGCUGGAAUUCAGAGAGCUGCUAUGGAACCUGGCAGAGAAAUAUCUGGAAAAGUAACCCUCAGGCAUGUAUAUGAAAUAGCAAAAAUAAAACAAGAGGAUCCACCACUGCAAAUAAAAUCUCUAGAAGAACUUUGCAAGAUGGUAGUUGGGGUUGCAAGGUCUUGUGGCAUACAGGUAGUGAAUGACUUAGAUGCCAAGGAGUAUGCAGAAUUUUUGAAAGAGAGAGAAAGUAUAGUCGAUGAACAGAAAAAGGCUCUUCAGGAAAAGCGAGAAGCAAAAAUGUUGAGAACAGGUUGAACAAUAAUAGAUAUGCUACAGUAGUUUUUUAUUUAUUAAAAUUUUAUUAAUAAAAAAUACAAAUCAUAAAUACUUUUCUUUUAAUU